AUGAGUCCUAAUGUGCACCUUACAAAAGAUGGGGAACCAUGGUUGGUUGGAAAGUUGAAUUAUCUUACCGUGACUCAUCCAGACAUUGCAUUCUUAGUUAGUGUUGUCAAUCAAUUCAUGUCAUCUCCAACAAUUCAUCACUGGGCAGUGUUAGAGAAAAUUUUGUGUUACUUGAAAGGAGCACCAGGACGAGGUAUCGUGUACGCAGAUCAUGGGCACACUCAUAUUGAGUGUUUCUUAGAUGCAGAUUGGACAGGUUCUAAAGUGGAUAGAAGAUCCACUUCAGGUUAUUGUAUUUUUGUUGGAGGGAAUUUGGUCUCUAUGAAGAGUAAGAUGCAAAAUGUUAUGUCACGAUCAAGCGCAGAAUCAGAAUAUAGGACUAUGGCACAAUCUGUGUGA